CGUGUCCUUGAAGAAAUCCGAAAGCAGACACCUGCCGUCUCCUUAGCGUAGCUUCAACGCAUUGCUAUGAAACCUCACACCCUAUUCCAAUAAAUUUCCUCAAAUUCAAGUCACCAAUUUCCAAACCCAAUUUCUACCCCUUUCUUCUCUGCACCACCAAACUUGUUCUUUUCAUUCUGUUUCUGCUUUCAUUUACAUAUUUCACAUUAUUUGUGGGAUUGAUCGAUCGAUUGAUAUUUUGUGAAAUUUGUAUCAAUCAGUCAUAUUAUUGUUUUGGUUUUUGAUUGGAUUGUGAUGGCGGAGGAACAAAAAUGGCAAGAGCCUGUCGGAGGACAUCAACUGUGUGCAAAUAAUUGUGGCUCUUUUGGUAGCCCUACAACGCUUAAUCUGUGUUCAAAGUGCUAUAGAGAUUAUUGCGUCAAGGAAGAGGAAAUGAGAGAGGCCAAAAUCGCCAUGGAAAAAACACUCAAUCAAUCGAAAUCCUCCUCAUUUUCUCGUCCAGAAUCUGUUAACUCAAUAAUUAAUCCACCGCUGCAGCAGACUAAACCUAAUAGGUGUGCAACUUGCCGGAAGCGCGUGGGACUGACGGGAUUCAAGUGCAGGUGUGAGGUCAUGUUAUGUGAAUCCCAUAGGUAUCCUGAACAACAUGAUUGUACGUUUGAUUACAAGCAGUUCGGGAGGGACGCCAUUGCCAAGGCCAACCUUGUAGUCAAGGCCGAGAAGCUUGACAAGAUCUGAACCGUUAUUAUGAAUGUCGGGAUCCUACGGCCGAUUGACAUCUAUAUGGAUGACGUAGAAUGAUAUCUAUGUAGCUCAUGUAAAACUAAGUAAUAAUAGAAUUCAUAACAUUUCUUAAAUAAAAAAAAAAAAAAAAAAAAGGUUGAACUCCAAUUUUGAGGGUCUUUAUCGUCCCAUCCCUAGAAUUUUGUGAGGGAGAUAAAUCGCGGUAUGUGUCCCAACGGGUCAGGGAAUAAGAAUUACUUGUACACUGCGUCUACAAUAAGUCUAAUUUCAUGUCUCAAGAAUCGAAUCCUCACACUGCGACUGCCAACAAGGCGUGAGAUAACAUCACUCAUAUCUUUUGCACCACUAGGUUAUGCCUCAAGAAACAAUACAUUACAUUUCUUAAUGAGAUAGUAGCUGGUUUAAGUAGAGUUGAGACUAAUUUUUAAUUUUCUGAGCAACUAUAUCCCAUUAAUUCC